UUUGCUUACACGGGCUUGCAUGGUGAUACAGAGAGGAGGUCAUGAUGGAGAGAUGCGGACAGAGAGGAGGGGAGAGGAAGAACUGAGAGGAGCAUCUGAGAGGAUAACUGCCUGUUUGCUCACUCUUGUCUUCUUGCUCCCCCUCCUGUCCAUUCACUUUCACUCACAGCACAAACGCUCAGACAGCUAGGUAGGCACAGCGGAGCUCAGAGCUCGCAGAGAUGGAUGCAAAGGUUCCCACGUGAAAAGGCAUAAAUCCACGGCAGAAGAGAAGGGUGCCGUAGAAGAAGACACUGCCACAGAGGAGAGGGAAGAGGUGUGAGGAGGAGUGGAAGCCAGAUGGACUGUACACAGAGGAGAGGAAACAGUGUGAAGCUUACGGAGCAGCAGUGACAGAGGUGGGAACAAAAGCAAACAUGAACGCCAGAGGGAUGGAAGAUUGGAAAAAAAGAGACGUGAAGGAAUAGAAAAGAAGAGGAGAGAGCGUUAGAGACAUCACAGAGGGAAACAGGAAGCGUGAGAUGUGGUACGUGUGACUCAGUUCUCUGUUCUGACGGAGGAUAGUAGAGCAUUUCCCCAUCAGCCUUCCCUCAGCAUCACCAUAGAAAUAAUCGAGCGCUAAAGAUCAGAGCUAAGGACACAUUUCAAAGCAAGAGGGCCUGCAAUCUUCAACCAUGAAAGGAUGAGUCAGUGGAGGAAGAGCUGAAAGAUUUUAAAAAGUGUUCAGGAGUGGAGUGAAACGGAAAGGGGGAGACAAUAUGGGGAAUGAUCCUGGCUCAUUCAGUGAAUCGGCCAUCCCGACUUUCACGGAACCUAAAGACUUUGCUGGUGGAGAAGUAGACAAGCCAAUGUGAUGGGUACAGGACCCGAUGGACAGGAUGUUCCUUGGUCCCUGCUGUUUUCCUCUUGAGCCCUUCAAUUAUUACCAGAGUUAAUCUAUCUGGAAGAUAAAAAUGUGCAACGUAAAGAUUCGGAUGGUAUUUGUAUUUAUAUAUGAAAUACAUGCAUACUCGAUGCUGCAUACAUUUAUUUUUGUACAAAUGUAAACCCUAUAAGAUUUGAUAAAUGUUCUCGAAUUUGAAUCCCAGUCUGCUUGUGAACAUGUCAAGCUGUCCACUGUUGACAACAUUGGUAUUCGCCAGGCAAGACGCUGAUUCUGUAAAUUGAGGAAAACAUGAUCCAACAACAAACGCAGUCAUCAUACAUUUGUACAGAUCUUUUUGUGCUGUGAUAAUACAACAGAGGGGAGCUUGCACAUGUGUUGAUGCAGUGACAGAAAAAGGCUUUUUUUUUUUUCUUUCAUAACUGCACUCCUCGCAAAGCCUUUGGGUGCAGGAGAGGAAAAAGAAAUGGUGAGCAAGGAGCCCAACCACCUGCUCACAGGCCAGCCCAACGGCAAGAGCACACUGGCCGACAAAAUGCCAGGGACAAUAACUGUACGAUCUGUGCUUCUCAAUCGCGACUCCCCGGAUAUUGAAAGCCGACUGAAGCGACGCCGCAACCGCACUCACAAGGUCCAUUUCAAAGACCUUGAGGAUGGCAGCAGCAGCAGUGGCAACAGUGGAACUGGAGAUAACAACAGCCAUCAGAGGCCCGCCACUGACUGUGAUAGUCCGCAUCCUGUCCGCAAACACAGCAGUCGAUCCAUAAAGCCAUGGAGUGAUCGGGACGGCCUACAUGCCGACAGCCUCCCUGGUCAAACCUCUGUGGUUGGUGCUGUGCGAGGGGACAUGGCAAGUACGAUAGAGGUGGUUGCCGCUUUUUUGGCCAGAGCGCCACCACACCCACUGACGCCAGGUCCUACCCGUCGAUGCUGGGUGCCCCCACAGACUAACUCCUUGACUUUGCCAAUGACCCGCAAGCCCAGCACCAGCACAGCAAUCCAGACAUCUCCGUGCUUGAGAAAGCCUCAUUCUCUCUCAUCAAAUCACACUCGGAGCCACAGCUUUGGGGAUUCUGUCGGGAUGGAUGGGGAUGAUGAACAUGACUCUCAAGACGAGUUCCUUCUGCACAACCAUGCGUUGUUGCCUUGGUCCAAGCAUCAGAAUGGUCCACCUGCGAUUGUGGACAGACCGGUAGUCGAACGGAGAUCCAAGGCUUCGAGGACUGAUAACAAAUCAGCUGUUGCUGUUAUUAAAAACUCAAGGCAUAGUUGUCCACCGUCGGUCUCUCAGAUCACUGAGUCAUGUCAGUGUUCUUCAUCGUGUCAAGAGGGGCCUAAGCGCUCAGGAAGUGUCACUCCAUCCAUUGUCCGGAGGAGGAAGAGACUGAACAGGACUACUAGUGACCCUGGGAAAGAAAUCCAUUAUUGCACCACACCCACGCAGACGGAAAGACCCUGCUCAUCGCCGCCCCCCUCAAACACCAAGCACUGCACCACACAAGUGCAGACUGAAAGUGUCUGCCCACCUGUAACCACCAAGUAUUGCACCACCCAAUGUCAAACAGAAACCCCCCAACAGUCUCCAGUUUUAAGUAACACAAAAUCCAAACCCUCAACCCAAGAAGGCUCGGAUUCGUCCUUGCUUCCAGGUCCUGAACAGUCCAUCACUACUUUACAAACUGAAUCUGCUUCCCACUCCACUCCGAACCCAUCAGAUGCGGAAAGUGACAUCCCCCGUGAUUUACCCUCUUUACCUGUAUCAUCCGAGUCAAACGUGGAUCUUGCAGACAGAACUUCAUCUCAAACUGUGCCAAGCGAAACACCUGUCACAGAAAGAAAUACUGUGCCUUAUUGUACUACUCCAUCGCCAACAAAUCAACCGACGCAAACACCUGAAAAUGAAACAAAAUUGUCUUGUCCUCAACCCCAAGCAGUUUGCAUUAACCCCAUACCGGGCAAAGAACCACCUAUCUCCGUUUGUACUUCUGCCUCGUCUCUAAAUCAUCACCCAACCGUCCCUUAUUUCACUGUCGUUUCACCCUGCCCGAACUCUGCAGUUGUUGCCUGCCCGAGUCCGUCCUCAAAUGCAGCGCCAUGUCCAACCCUAACUGAGACAUCCUCUGCAAAAACAACCCUCUCAACCUCACCCGCGGUCUGCUCCACAACUGCUUCGACUGCAACCCCAAAUGAAACUCCUCUUGACCCUCCACCAAAUAUACCAGACAAGUCACAACAAAAAGAAAUAACGGCCACGACGAAGCAAAUCCCAUGCACGUUUGUCACGCAAACCGCGCUUUCAUGUACAUCCAUUUCAUAUUAUACCACAACACAUGCAACAGUUCCUCAAGGCUUUCCCAACAACACAACAAAGCCAUCUUAUGCUACCGUAAUACAAACUGUGUCCCAUUGCAAUGUACCAUGUCGAUCUCUGCAAAAUACCUCUGCUGCCAGUACCGGCAUAACUCCCUACUCCUCCCCUGUCCCGAGACUCAAAUCUUGCACUUCCCCACCCCCUCUAGUGAAAACGGGCACCUCUACGCUUCCAAAUGCUCAACGGUGCAUAACACCCACUAAAGCAGUACCACUAUAUUCGUCCACAUUUCGUGCAGCACCACCAUAUACACCCCCUUCUCAGGUCCCCUACAGUGCUCAGGAUAAGAGAGGUAUGCGACUCCCACCUCCUCCGCCACCACCUCCACCAUACACACCACGCAAAAAGGAAGGUGAUCCUCCGGGUCCUACAAUUCAAACACCCAAGCUCAGGGCAGAAAGUAAUCCGGUUAAGAAAGAAAAGGACAAUGAGAAGGAGAACGGGGAAAAUCAAAAAUGUACAGACUCACCCAAGCGCUGCGAGAGAGCCAACUCUCUGAUGCACAGAGCUCAAACACCGCCGGUGUCUGUGAUGAAGGUAGAAAAGCAGCCCUCGUCAUCCUCACCUCUAAAAGCCUGUUUCAAAUCCAGCUGCCUCAGCUCAGCCCAGGCUCAGCUUGGGAUGCUCCACAAAAUGCUCUGCUCAGGAGCCAGCACCAGGCCCAGUACCCCCAAUAGCCAACAUGCUCUCCCAUCAAACCAGCAAGGUUGUUCUGGUACCAAGGGAUGCUCUGCUUCUGCUGACAAGCCUACAGCUGGGCCUCUGACAGCUGCUCAGGCUGACACACUGAGACAGGUCCAGGAGAUUUUGGGAGGACUGAUGUCUGGGGCGAGGUGCAAACUCGAUCCAGCGAAGGUGGCUGAAAAGCUUUUGAGUCCCAACGGACCGCUGCGUGAUAUCCGGAGCCUGCAGACCCAACUCCAGAGCUUGGAGGGAGUCCUGGAAACCAGCCAGAAUACGAUUAAGGUUCUGCUGGAUGUCAUUCAAGACCUUGAGAAGAAGGAAGCUGAGCGAGACGGAAGACAUUCAUACAGAGCUGGACAGGACAUCGAGAACUGUGGCACCUGCAGGGACUGUGCCUGCAUCAUCUAUAGUGUGGAACACGACUUUCGUCUUCAGGAGGGCCAGGUGGUACGUACGUGGAAAGUGGGCGACCCACCUGAGGACAUGCCACAGACCUCCACCCCAGUGCACACCGUCCCUCAACAGCAGGACUCCCCUCAGCCGGUGCGUCCCCCCGCCGCCACCAAGAAGAACAAGAAGAAAUGCUUCUGGUUCCUCUAGAGGACAAUGCAAAGGGCAUUUGGAUACUGCACUGCAUUCCUUCUGAAAAUUCUUUUUUCAAUUCAAAACAGUGUGUGCAGAGGACUGACCGUGGAAAUUAAAAUGCAAACUGUGGGAGGACAACACGAUACAAAGGUUCUGAACAAAAACAGCUGCUGUCGGAGCUGACGAGAGAGAGAGGUCUGGCUGGAGUGCGCCGCUCUUCACAAGCCUCGACAACACUCACAGUUUGGAAACCAGAGCGGGAGGUAAAAGUUCCGACGCCAAAUAAAAGCAAAAGUUCAGUUUGCUGUAUGACUAAGUUCGAAAAAUAUCUGAGAGUUAUGCAUAGUGGUGUGAGUAAGACGGAGCAAAAGGUAAUGUAGGAGGACGGAGCUGUUCACACAGAAAUAUAUUAUUUAUAAGAAAAAAAAGGAAAAGUAAGAAAAGUUUCAUCUUCAUUAAUGGACUAAUGAGGGUCAGAACACCAGCUUUUAUAUCCAGAGUCAUUUGAAUUAUUAAUAUUGAACUGUAUUAAAAAUACACUUUUAUUAUCAUAAGCAAUGGGGGAACUGUAACACACACACACACGGAUAUAUUGAGAUAUUUGCAAAGAAAGCAUAUAUAUAUAUAUAUAAAUACAUAUAUAUAUAUAUAUAAAGGAGAAAUGAGUGAGGUCUGAAAAUAUCAGAGCUGUGCUGCUUGAAUACUAUAUUUCAGAGAUGAAUUAUGCGAUUAAAGUAUUUUA